CAUCUGCCAACCUUGCCACGGCUCUAGCGUCCUUUGCAGCAAUCAUGGGUGCGCCCACGUCCAAGGAUAUUGCGGCAGCCACGCUGGUACUGUUGCCUUUCAAUCUCAUCACGCUGGCCCUGCGGUUCUGGAUCCGUGUCAAGUGGUCUGCCUGGGGCGGAGAUGACUGGGCAAUGGUUGUCACUCUACCUGUAUGGGUCGUUUCCCAAGUCGGUCUUCUGGGCAUGGCCUGGAGCGGUAUCGGACAACGCGACUCGACGCUGUCGGAGCAGCAGAUAGCUGACUCUCUCUUUUGGUUCUACGUAUUUCAAGAGUUUUGGUGCUUCACCCUCGUCACGCUUAAGUGGUCCAUCGGCUUCACCUUACUACGCAUCGACGGGGGUAAUCGCUGGGUCAGGAUCGUCAUAUACAGCUGUCUCGCUUUUGUUACUAUCUGCACUGGUGGAACAGGUAUGUACCUGUUCUUCCAGUGCUAUCCUGUCGAAAAGAAUUGGCAUAGUUCCCUUCCUGGCGAAUGCAAGCCCCGUCAAAUCCAGACCGCACUAUCUUUCCUUGUCGCGGCCGUAUCCAUCACAACGGACUGGGCUUUCGCCCUUCUGCCCUUUGCCCUCCUAUAUAGAUUACAGAUAGCGCGCCGGACCAAGGUCGCUCUGAUCGGGCUCCUCAGCCUGGGAUUCUUUGCCUCCAUAGCGCCUAUUGUCCGCCUCAAAUACCUCCUCCUGAUGAACGACUCGACCCGCCUUCUCGAGGCACUGGGCAUCAUACUCGCUUGGGCCCAAGCUGAAGUCGGCAUCGGCAUGCUCGUCGCUAAUCUCCCCGCCUGCAAGCCCUUACUCGAGCGCAUAUUCUCUCUCUUGACUUUGUCCCGCAACGGGGCCGGAAGGACCGGCAACGGCGUGACCGGCUACAACAGCGCCUCUGGAGCCGACGGUCACGAUAACUACCUGGAACUUGAUGGUCCAGACGACAGCACCUCCGAUAAGGCAAAGCAUUGCCGUGGACUCAGAUCGCCUUAUGGAGUGAUGGACGAUACGAACGUAGUAUACCAGAGGGACAUGGCGAAUGCGAGCAGCGACAGUCUGGUCGACGAUCGGAGCCAGAAUCAAAUCAUUCCGAGCCGGGGUUCUCCAGCUCGCAACAGCAGCGACCGCCAGCACGGUGGAUUCUAA